GAGCCAAAACCUUGACACCUGCUGCCGCACGCGCGCGCCAAGACUUCUCUGACGCAAUUGACGGUCGAAUCACUGCCCUUGGGUAGUUGUCGCAGCGUCGAGUCGAAGAGAUUGUGCGUUGGCGUCGCGUAGACGCGGAGAUCUGCCCAGUUGGCUCCAGCCUUACAAAAGCGCUCCAGACCUCGCCGCCCACGGAAGUCGCGCCCCUCCAGACGCCGUCAGCGCGCCGCCGGACGACCAAGACACGAACCAAAGAAGUAUGUCGCGCUUCGUCGCCGCCAUACUGCUCUCCGCGAUCGCCGUGGACCGCUUUGUGCUGGUGGAAGCCAGGACGCACGUAAGCGCCACAAGGCUCCUCUUCCCGAACGAGCUCGUGCCGUCCUCCGAGAAUAGGGUGGUGCCCAGCGGGCCGCUCGUGGACCACUACGAGGGCGACGACGACAUCGUCUGCACGGUGAGCGAGCACGGCGCGCUGUCGCCGGGCUGCCAGCGGCACACCUUCAAGCGCGCGGCGCUCGACCUGCGCCGCCCGCACGCCGCGGACCACCACCCGAUGAUGGCGUAGAGAUACCCCUCCGUCUGUGUGUCCCCCGCGGCCGCCGCGCGCGGCCGCGGCCCCUCCUCUGAAAUUAACUGAUCAUACUUAUA